AUGCAGCGCUCGCACACCGGGCUGACAUGUCGCGCCCACGACCGCUUCAAUCCAUCAAUUGCGCUGUGGCAGCACUUUGUCCAAGCCAAUCCAUCCAAACCCCGCGACCGGCGCCAGCUCUCCACUGCGACGCCAGCUACGCAACAUGAUGCCACCGCCCCUGGCAAGCAUGCCGAACCCGAAUCCGCGACUUCUCCCGAGGCUCGCGAUGCCCAACCAUCUCACGUAGAAACAAGAGAGCCGGAAAAGGAACCGACCGCAAAGCCAUGGAACCUGAGGAUGAUGAAAACAGAUAAAGGGCCGUGGCUGUCCAGCAAGGUCGCGGUUUCGAUUGCCAAAAACAAAAAAUUGCGAAGAGAAGCGCUCGAGGCCUUGCCCAAAGAGCAUGAGAAACUGCUGGCCGCCGCAAGACACGCGCAUAGUAAAUUGCAGAGUUACAAGGGCGUCAUUGUGAAGCCCAUGAUGAGCGAGACGUCUAUCAAGGAAAGCCAACUUCCAUGGUGUCUGAACGAUAAGGACAGAGCGCUGCCAGGAAUUAGUCGUUUGCGCUUGGAAAUCACAAAAUUCUACAACUACACCACGCCCGACCACCACGAAACUCUUGCCAGGAAACACGUCGUCGAACAGGUGCGCAACCACCUUCGAAAAUCGAUCCCAGACUACAAAGUUGAAGUGUUCGGAUCGGAACGAACUGGUAUAAGCAUGCCUUUAUCAGACCUAGACUUUAGACUGGUACCAAAGUCGGAGUCGCUAGACCCUGCGCAUGCGAGACUUCCACCGAGCCAAAGACAGCGAACCAAGAACAUCAAGAUGCUUCAGAGCUUACGCCAUGCAGAAUUCCGCACCAACAAGGAGUAUACGUUGCCUGUGGUUCGUCAUGCACGUUAUCCCCUCAUCAGCGUGCAGGACGGGCAGUCUGGCUUGGAUAUUCAGGUUGUACUUGCAAACGACACGUCGGUCUCAAGAGUUAUCAUGCAAGGCUACAUGGAUGAGAUACCCUAUCUGCGGGAGUUAUACUGCGUGGUCAAGACCAUCUUCAACACAAGGGGCCUGUCGGACGUUUUUCGGGGCGGUUUUGGGACAUACCCGUUGUUCAUGAUGGUCGUCGCUAGCAUAAAGCAUUCGCCGAGUCCGCCAGGAGAUUCCGCACGAGCUCUCCUCAACUUUCUCCACUUCUGGGGCAAUUUCAAUACAGCAAAGCGGGGUAUUUCUAUUGAACCGGCUUACUUCUACGACAAAGCGGAGUAUCCUGUCCUUACUGACGUACAGAAGGCCAAAUGGAAGAAUGGAAAACUCGAUCCCCUGCCCGACUACAUGCUUUCCCUCCGCGACCCCGCCGACGAGACGAACGACCUCGGUCGCAAAGGCGUGGCUAUCAAGCAUGUUCAAGUCACCCUCCGAGAUCUGCAUUAUCGCCUCGUUAACGACACCAACAUGAACACAAGGCCAUCUCUACUCGCUCCCCUGGUAGGCAACUCGUACUUGUUGCAACUCGAACGCCGUCGAAAACUACAAGAAUACGGCCGAGACCUAGAGAAGAAGCAAGCUAAAAUGCUUUCUCAAAAGGCAGAUGCAGUCAGGGGGGCGGAUCAAUUGGGGCAGUCGAUGCUACCACAACCUGCAAACGGAGAGGUGCUGAAGACAAACGAAGAAGAAGAAGAGACUAAACAACGGUUAGCAAGAGAGCAAAGGGAUAGAGAUUGGCAGAGGCUUACGGAUGAGAUGAAUGAGCGGUUGAGCAAAAAAGCAGAGAAGGCAUUAGCGUUAGCGCACGGUGAUGCAAUGGCUACUAUCCCAGGCAUGCCGGCGGUCGAGGAGGAAUCACAAGCCAAAGAGACAAUAACAACAUAA